CAGGAACUAAUAACCGGGACAUCGGAGUCCCGAAGAACCGAUUUAAAAUUCAUGCAACCCAGAUGAGCUGACGAGACCAGCACCGCCAGAGGCGCUAGUGUAUUUUACUCACAUUAUGCUGUCCAAAGUAAAAACUGCAAUCCAUACGGCCAUCUGAGUUUGAGCGCAUUCGAGUUUCGUACAAGGUUGCCAUCCGAAGCACCCGCAGCAGUCGUACUAUUAGCGGGGCUCACCCUGGCAUGAACAUGGGCCAAAAGAUCAGUGGAGGUGUCAAAACGGUCAGCAGCCGCGACCAAACAUCGCCCUUUAUCCCGAAGAUCCCGCGCGAACUGGCGGCGCACUUCCAGCGUCCGGCCCGACUUGAUCUCCUGCUCGAUAUGCCACCGGCCGCUCGCGAAACGCAGAUCAAAUAUUCCUGGAACUCGGAGGACCGCUCGCUCAAUGUGUUUGUGAAGGAGGACGACAAGAUGACAUUCCACCGGUACCCGUUGGCACAGAGCACAGACUGCAUACGGGGCAAGGUGGGCUUCACCAAGGGACUGCACGUGUGGGAAGUGUUCUGGUCGACGCGGCAGCGAGGUACACAUGCUGUGAUCGGUGUUGCCACACCGAGGCACUCCGUAGGUUAUCAAAGUCUGGUCGGUUCGAACGACCAGAGUUGGGGCUGGGACUUGGAGCGCAAUAUGCUGUACCACAAUUCGAAAACCUGCCCCGGCGUCACGUACUCCGCGAUACUUAAGCCAGACGAGACCUUCCUAGUGCCGGACAAAUUCCUAGUAGCGUUAGACAUGGACGAGGGAACGCUCAGUUUCAUCGUCGACGGUCAGUAUCUGGGGGUAGCAUUCCGGGGGCUCAAGGGACGAAAGCUCUACCCGAUCGUGUCCGCCGCCUGGGGGCACUGCAAAAUCACCAUGAAGUACAUCGGUGGCCUCGAUCCGUUACCGUGCUCCGGUAAUCCACCCUGGAGGAGUUGA